CGGAGUCCUCUUGCCCGGCCUACCCAGUCCAUCCCUGCAAGCAGCCUUGCCAGGAUUGGUGACGCCAUGCAGCCCCGGGUGCUCCUUGUUCUGGCUCUCUUGGCACUCCUGGCCUCUGCCCGAGCUUCGGAGGCAGAAAGCGCCUCCCUGUUUGACUUCAUGCAGGGCUACGUACAUCACGCCACUAAGACCGCCCAGGAUGCAUUGACCAGCAUGAAGGAGUACCCGAUGGCACAGCAGGCCAGGGGCUGGAUGAACGGUGGGCUCAGCUCCCUGAAAGACUACUGGAGCACGUUCACCGGCAAGUUCUCUGGGUUCUGGGAUUCCACUCCGGAGGCACAGCCAACCCCAGCUUCUGACAUCGCCUGACACCAGCACGCUCCGUGUCCGUCCGUCCAUCCACCCACCCUUCCUGCCUGCAACGCUGGGUCCUGCAGCCCUCGGGCUGCCCCUGGG